AGUGUGCCAGCUCGGUUGACUUUGAGACGGCAGAGCCGAUUCCAAACCCAUUUUACCACCAGACGCUGCUGGAUGCGCUGCCCCAGCGACUGGCAAGCGAGCAGCAGCUUCGCUCCUACAUGAAGCUCGCGCAGUCCAGACUGCAAGAGCUGUACGACAAGGCCAAGGACAUGUCUCGUGAAGAGUUCCAGCAGCAGCUCUGGGCGCUGCGCGAGCGCAUCAACCUCGACUCGCAGAUUAUCAUCUACGGAACUGCAGAGCGACAUGCACGCCAGAAGUAUCUGGCAAAGUACGGAUGUGCACGCUGGACCGAGGAUGCGCUCAACACCAUUGCCUCCUUCUCUCCCUUGAUUGAAAUCGGCGCUGGCCAAGGUCACUGGGCAAAGGCGUUGCGGAAGCUUGGCGUCGACGUCAUGGCGUUUGACAACGACUCAACAGAGCAGCCGGGAACUGCACCCGUGUCGCAGGUGCGGCCGGGCGACCACACCAAGAUUGGCUGGUACCCUCGGCGUACGCUGUUGCUCGUGUACCCACCAGAGACGGAUAUGGCUCUGCAGUGUGCGCAGGAGUUUCGCGGCAACUACCUCAUCUACGUGGGGGAAGCGCGCGGAGGCGUGAAUGCAAACGACGCCUUCUUCAACCACGUGGAUGAACAGUUUGACUGCGUGCAUAUCCAAGACCUCGACCCGUUCCCCAGGUGCCACGAGCGCUUGUAUGUCCUGCGUCGCAAGCCAGAACACCGAACAGCUCAGCCGUGGUGGGCGCCCCUCUCGUUUCUCUGGUGACCAGCACACCUGUGCUCAAGGCUUGAGAGCGUACCGCGGCGAAGUGGGUGUCGUGUUUUCAGUCUUUGUGUCAAGGAACAGUGGGCUGUGUUGAUGUGGCAUGCCUUGGAGUGACAUGGUGCUGUUGCCAUUGCGUGUCGUUGUUGCUGUGUGUUCUUGCACAAUCAACUGUAGGCAUUGCAUCCAAUACAGCUGUACAUACUGCAUUCUUGUGGACAGCCACAUCAAAGUACACCAGCACACACCGUGCCCAGGUC